AUGAGAAGUAGGAGGAGGAGGAGGAGAAGAAGAAGAAGUAGGAGAAGGAGGACGACAGAGGAGGAGAAAGAAGAGGAGACGGAGGAGGAGACAGAGGAGGAGAAGAAAGAAGGAGAAAGAGGAGGAGAAAGAGGAGGAGAAAGAGAAGGAGGAGGAGAAAGAGAAGGAGGAGAAAGAGGAGAAAAGGGCGAGAAAGAGGAGAAAGAUGAGGAAAAGGAGGAGGAAACAGUGGAGAAAGAGAAGGAGGAGAAGGAAGAGGAGAAAGAGAAAGGGGAUGAGAAGAAGGAGGAGAAAGAGAAGGAGGAGGAGAAAGCAGAGGAGGAGGAGGCCAAAGAGAAAAGGGAGAGGAGGAGGAGGAGAAGGAGGAGGAAGAUGAUACAGCAUGACGAAGUCUGGAAACGUCACCGGAAUGAAUCUAGAAAAAAUUACAAAACAUUGGUUUUCGAUCAAGAGGAGUAG